AUGGGGUACAAUGCCGAACUCAAACGUAAUUUGAGCAUGUUCACCAUCCUCGGUCUAAGCUUCUCCAUCAUCGCUGCACCUUUCGGUCUCAGUACUGCCUUCUCUAUCGCCCUCACUUGCGGAGGACCGAUCACAAUCCUCUACGGCUGGCUUGUCGUUUCUAUCAUCUCGCUUUGCAUGGCUGCGUCGCUCGCCGAGCUUUGCUCCAUGUACCCCUCGUCUGGAGGGGUAUACGUCUGGGCAGCGUUCGUCGCAACGAAGAAGUGGGCUCCUCUGACCUCUUGGAUUGUCGGCUGGGUCAGCCUUGUAGCCAACUGGACGCUCUGCCUGUCGAUCAACUUCGGAGGCUCUCAACUUAUCAUGGCGGCGAUCUCGCAAUUUCGAGGCAACGAAUGGGCUCCAGCUGCGUGGCAGACUAUUUUGACCUUUUGGGCUUGCAUGGUCAUCGCUGCUAUCGUCAACGCCUAUGGCGUCAAAUACAACUACCUCGACCGCCUCAACACGCUCUCAUUCUACUGGACCGCAGCCGGAACCAUCAUCAUCGGCGUUACCAUUCUCGCUCGUGCCAAGGACGGCCGCAAGGACGCCGACUUCGUAUUUGCAGGCUGGGAAAACACCUCUGGCUGGCCAGAUGGUUGGGCUUUCUUCGUUGGUCUACUCCAGGCCGCGUACACUCUUACGGGCUACGGAACAGUUGCUGCGUUGUGCGAAGAAGUAGCUGAGCCCGAGAAGCAAGUACCCAAGGCGAUCGUAUGGUCCGUGGUAGCGGCGAGCAUUACCGGAUUCGUGUACCUGAUUCCGGUUCUUUUCGUCCUUACCCCGGACGCGGCAGAUUUACUUUCAGCUGCAGCUGGACAACCAAUUCCCGUUCUCUUUUCAUUAGCCACCGGUUCACCUGGAGGUGGGUUCGGACUUCUCUUCAUUAUCCUUGGAGUAUUCGCAUUUGCGGGAAUCGGCUCGCUCACGGUUGCACUUCGCUGCACCUGGGCAUUCGCACGAGACGGUGCCAUCCCAGGCAGCAAGUACUGGGCCAAGGUCAACAAAUCGCUCGAUCUACCGCUCAACGCCCUCAUCCUAUCAACCGUCGUGGUGUCCCUCCUCGGGUUGAUCUAUCUCGGUAACACGGCAGCGUUCUCUGCCUUCACUGGUGUCGCUACCAUUUGCCUCAGCAUCAGUUACGGUAUCCCGAUCUGUGUGGCCAUGUUCAGACGCAGAGUCAUGUUGAAGGAAGCGCCGUGGACGCUGGGGAAGUUUGGCUACGUGAUCAACAUGGUGACGUUCCUUUGGAUUAUCUUGGCGACGGUGCUGUUCUGUAUGCCCACGGUUGCACAGCCGGACGCGACUACGAUGAACUACGCAAGUGUGGUGUUUGCGUUCUUCUUUGUACUGAGUGCCGGCUGGUGGUUCGCUUGGGGCAGCCGUCACUUUGCGGGACCUCUUGGCGCUGCUCCAGAGGAGGCGGUGAAGAACAUCAGUCCGAACAACCACCAUGUCCAUGCGCAGGAUGCUAAGCCGACGGUGGACGUUUCCAGCCAUGGGUCGGAGGAGAAGUAG